AUGAAUCCGGACCACGUAACCCCGCCCGCCGGACCAAGCACCGGCGGCAGCAGCAACCCCUCCUCCACCUCCAACUCCUCCGGCCCCGGCCCCGGACAGUCAUUCUCUACCAACCACUUAGCAUCAGGACCGGCAUCAGCAGCAGCAGCAACCGCAUCGGCAGAAGCCGCCGCCGCAAAACGCUCCCGUGUCCUUCUUUCCUGUGGACCGUGCCGCGCAUCCAAGCUGAAAUGCGACCGCUCCGAGCCGUGCGGCCAGUGCCUGAAGAAGUCCCGCCCAGAAGGCUGCGUCUACGCGCCAAAACCCGAGAAGCAGAAGCCCGCCAAGGGCAUGGCGGCGCGGCUCAAGAGGCUCGAGGGCAUGGUGAGGACGAUGAUGGAUGAGGGAGGUGGAGGUGGCGCGGCGGGAGCAGGAGGACCGCAGACUGCUGGUGGUGCUGCCGACGUCGUCGAGGAGGAGAAGGGCGUCGCGCAGCCUGGGGGCCAGCUUGUUCAGGGAGGUAGGGCGAGUACGUAUGUUGGGGCUACGCAUUUCAUGGCUAUUCUUGAGGAUAUUGAGGAUAUGAAGAGCUACUUUGAGGAGCCGGAGGCCGACGACGAUGAGAGUCCUGAACCGUCAGACGAGAUCGAGGCCCCGGAUCUCAUGCUCUUUUCGAGGAACACGCCUCGCAGCAGAGAAGACUUAUUGAAGCUACUCCCGGAGCAAAAGAUUGUCGACAGACUCAUCAUGAGACCAACCUUUGAAAAACAAUACGCCCGCUUUUGGACCGACCCGUCCGGCACCGACCUCCACUGGCUAGCCCUCCUCUUCAUGGUCAUGUCCCUCGGCGUCUUCUACUCGACCUUCAUGGCGCCCCACGAGCUCUCGGUCGACUCCCCGCAGCCGCCCAUGGACCGCUUCAAGCUCUUCCGCGCCGCGGCCGCCUGCUGCCUCGUCUGGGGCAGGUACACCCGCCCCACCAUCGCCACCAUCCCGCCCUUCAUCCUCUACGUCGAGGCCGAGUUCAUCAUCUCCCGCGCCGCCCAGAUGAACUGCUACGUCCUCUCCUCCGUCUGCCUCCGCCUCCUCCUCAAAAUGGGCCUCCACCGCGACCCGGACCGCCUCCUCGCCGCCGGCGGCACCCCCGUCUCCCCCUACGAGGGCGAGAUGCGCCGCCGCAUGUGGAACAUGGCCGUCCAGCUCGACCUCCUCGUCUCCUUCCACAUGGGCCUCCCCAGCAUGCUCAACGGCAUCGACGCCGACUGCAGCCUCCCGCGCAACCUCGUCGACGAGGACUUCGGGGAGGACACCGCCGUCCUCCCGCCAGCCCGCCCGGCGACCGACUACACGGAGAUGACGUACCCCAUCAACAAGUCCGCCAUGAUGCUCGUCUUUGGCCAAGUCGCGCGGCAGUCCCACCUGCUCUCCCCGCCGCCCUAUGCCGAGGUCAUGCGCCUCGACGACCUCCUCAACACCUCGUGGCGCGCCGUGCCGCAAUUCAUGAUGGUCAAACCCUUGCAGGAGUGCGUCACCACACCGCCCAUGCAAAUCAUCCAGCGCUUCGGCCUCGCCUCGCUCUACAACAAGAGCCGCUGCGUCCUCCACCGCCGGUUCCUCCUCGACCCUGCACCGCGGCGCGAGCACGACUACUCGCGCCGCCAGUGUCUCGAGGGCGCCGUCGUCCUCCUCGACUUCCAAAACACGAUAUGGCACGCCUGCCAGCCGGGCAACAUGCUCAGCCAGAACGGCUGGUUCGUCUCCUCGCUCGCCGUGCACGACUUCCUCCUGGCCGCCACCAUCAUAUACCUCGCCGUCGGCCAUGAACCGUUUUGGGGCGUGGACAAGACGACCGGCGCAACGUCUUCGCCUGGGUGGAUGGCGGAGAUGAACCCCCCGCCGACGAGGGCGUACCUCCUGCAUCUUCUGCAGAGGUCGUAUUCCGUCUGGAUCGCCAUCGCCGGCGGCGUGCCCGAGGUGAAGAAGACGGCGGGUAUCUUGGAAACGAUGCUGAACAAGCUUGGGUCGCCGCCGAAUUCUCCUCCAGAGGACGGGGGCGCAAAGGUAUCCUCGGCGUCGGGACUUCGCCAGAGUGACGGGUCGGAAACAGCGGCUCGUUCCGCCCAAGACAACCAACAGCUCCUCGACGGUCUUUCAAUCAACGACUCCGCAUCGUUCCCUACGACUACGACGAAUCGCUUCCAGCCCUUUGAGUUUGUCACAUCGGGUCUCGGGCCAAGUGAACCUGGGCUCGAUCGUGGGUGGGCGGCCGUUGGCAAUGAAGAAAUGGACUGGCGAUACUUUGACAACAUUAUGGCUCAGCCUCACAACGACCCAAUCGGUCUCGAGUCACUGGACGCGUCCCAGCCGUGGUUCGAACGGACACUGGGACCGGACGAGUUUGAUUUCUCUACGUCUUGUGCAUGGGAUCCAAGCUUGGGAUAG